AUGGGAGAUCAGCUGUCAGAGGAUGGGAAAACAGAGGACUGGACAUCAGGGGCCCAAGAAAAGAAGACUUCAGAGGAGACGCAUAAGAGGAACGGAAAGUCAGUCAGAAUCCUUAGUGCCCCCUAUUCCUUCCCAGAGAGUUGCCAGGAGCACCCGCAUUGUCAGGAGGACCCAUGUUCCACAUCGCCCUCAGGGAUAUGGAGCAAAUCCUACAAAUUAGACCCACGCAUCGCCUUUGGGAAAUACUCCCCUAUGGAAAAUGAGAUCCUACGUCUAGGUGGCAUCCACACUAUGGCAGCCAGAAGGCUUUUGGCUUUUAAAAAAGAGGAAGAACACAAGAUGCUGAGGGAGCUACAGUUGCAGUCCCCAGACUACAUACAGGUCGCGCACUGUAAGAAACACACCUCUGGCAACGUGUGCGCACCCCUGGAAAGAGUGUGGACGGCAAAGGUGAUCGUACCCUCUGAGGAGUUUAAAAUGCCCCAGCGGGAGAAGGUCAACAUCAGCAAGCACAUAGAGCGGAUGCAGCUGGCUCGAGCCCUCAGCAGCAAGCACCUCUUACCCUACAUGGAAAGGUUCCGGGGCUCCAUGUUUCCAUCCGGAGGAGGCCUGGGCCCCCUGGCAAAAGAUAAGGCCUGGAAAAAGGGGGACAGCUAUGACAGUUAUUACCAUGACAAUAUCAAGGAGCAAAACCCCACAAAGAGACACGAAAUAAAAAUGAACGUUACUUUCAAGUCAGAAGAACCCAAGAAAUGCAUAGCCUGCCAUCGACAUGACCGUCAGCCUUUCCUCACCAUAAGAAAACUGGAACGAUGCAUCGCGGGCCAAACGAACCGAAACCGCCUGAGCUUAGCUGAAUUCCCGGGAGACCUAAUGCUCAUGACCCAGGAUUUUCUAUCCCAGGGAACCCACCCUGCAAAGUGA